AGCCUACCGCUGCUCCGCCUCACUAUCGGCGGCGCGCAGGAGAGCUGCCGGCGGUGUUUGUUGCCGCAGCGGCCAUGAGGUGAUGACGGCGGCGACGCACGGCACGUAAGCUGCGCCUAGAUCCCGCGCGUCUCCCACGAGGAAGAUGACGGCGGGGCGGCAACAUGAGGCGCGUCGCCACGUUCGCCAUCGCCUUUCGGAGUGAAUCAAGCGGGGCCGGAGCAGCAAGUCUACGCAGGGCGGCAUGAGAAGUUGAUGGCGGCGCGCGCGGCAUGGAGAACGCGGGCGUCGUCUUCCUUAAUUUCCGGCUGCUCCAACACACGCGUCGGCGCAGGACAUACAUUGACAGGAAGUGCACAUUCACUGGAACUGUUUUUAUCAGAGGCAGAAUUAUUGCUGGAACACGCCACAGUGCAAAGAUGAAUAGGACUAUUAUUGUCCGCAGAAACUGCCUUCAUUUUGUGAAAAAGUAUCAUAGGUAUGAGCAGAGGCACCCCAGUAUUCCUGCUCACAUUUCUCCUUUCUUCCGGGUCAAGGAAUGAGACCAUGUCAUCAUUGGCCAGUGCUGGUAUUGCUUUCUAGCUGAUGUAUUGUCUAGUUCUUUAUGGUUUCAAUUCUUUUGGCCCGCCUUAAAUUACUUGGGAAUGUGAGGCUUAAAAGUUGUAACCCUGUGCAAGGACUCCAAAGCUAUGUCAGUCUUCCGCUUGCUUUAAAAUGAUUUUACAAAUGAAGGAAAACAUUCAUUCUUUUGUUUUUACCUAUACUUAACCUUUUAUGGGAAAAUAGUUUGUCAUUCCCACAUUGGGGUUGGAGUACUUGAUGUAGUGCUGUAUUGCCGUGGUCAUAACCAAGCAACCGUAAAUAUUAUUUUUGAUUUUCUUGGGAUGAAAUACUCUUAUGUCACAACUGUAAGUUUACUAAUACACAGUGGGGUUCCAGAAACUGGGCGGUUACUUUUAUUGCUUCACAACAAAUUACUGGGAUUCCAGGAACUGAUGGAUUACCAGUCCCCUGCUUGUCCGGAUUCCUAAACUGGGGGACUGGACUUCAUUAGAUGCUGAUUUUUCCUGUUCUGUAUGUGCUGCAUGCCUUUGUCAAAAUCCGUGUGGUUGAACGUCCCUAAAGUCAUUCCACCUGUGUCCACAGGUGGCACUGGGAAGAAAGCAUUUACGGCAGCUUGAGCUUGUCAAACCUAGUCAUUAUUAUAGAUAAAAGUGUCCACUUAGAAUUCGUCUAGCUUUGGUGUUUUGACAUCUGUUGCGAGAUCUUGUGCCCUCUGUGAUUUAUCUGAACAUGCGCAUUGUGCAAGUCUUGGUUUAGAUAUGUCUGGUCAUGCAAAUUGUGGCAGUUGUUGCCCAGUGGUUGGCUGGUCCUAUGGGCUAUGGCAGGCACACUAUGAACCUUGUUUGAAGCAAUAUCAUCUAUAGCCUGUUUAUUUCUGUCUUGUGAUGGUGACCUGCUAUUUCUUUGGUUUACAACUUACUGGGAUUAAGGUAACAAAAUAUAUUCGCUUUUUGCCGAGCUCUUAUAUUUUCCUUUCUUCUGCUUUUAUAGUUAAGCCACCUCUUUCGCAUGAUCUCAUGGUUUCCUCUUUUGGAUAUGAGCAUUUGCUAAUUGUCAGGGCGAACCAAUCUUUGAAGCAACUACUUGAUCAGAUAAUGCCUGGAUUCUGACAGUGACAUGAACCCACCUUUUCACUUCAGGAAAUGCUUCAUUGUUUAGAUGAUAGCUGUUCCUGUGGGCAACUGGCUUGUGCGGCGUCUCAAGCUUGAAGAAAGGAGAUCGGUUGUUUGCAAGGCAUGCAAUUUAGGCUGCUUCUUAAAGCACAUUCGAUCCUGUUAAAAUGCCCUGAGACCCAUCUCAUAUUCCGAAGCAAUAGUGAGACUUCCAGCCAUACAAAUGAGCACCAAAGCCAUUUCCCUCUAUUUCUGUGUACCUGCUGCAUUUCUGCUCUUCUUUGCCCAUCUCAAUAACCCAACCACUUCAUUCCUUCGAGCCCUGCUUGAUCUUGCAACACCAUCCUUUCCAUUUAAUUUGCUCACAGUUCAUUAUUUUUCUAACUAUCAUUGCCAUCGUGGUGCAUACAACCCGCUUUGCGAUGAUUUCCCUCCGGACUUCCCACCGCCUGACACCGCAGCAACAUCGAUCUUCUGUGUCGAUCCCAAUGGCUGCUGUGACUUCACCACGGUGCAGUCCGCGGUUGAUGCUGUGCCAAGAUCCAGCCAAAAGAGGAAUGUUCUGUGGAUCAAUAAGGGCAUCUACCUUGAGAAAGUGACAGUCCCUGCUACCAAGCCCAACAUCACAUUUCAGGGGCAGGGAUUUGAUCUGACGGCGAUCAUGUGGAAUGACACAGCUAACUCGUCACAUGGAACCUUCUACAGCGCUUCAGUUUCUGUCUUCGCCACCGGCUUUGUCGCGAAGAACAUCAGCUUCAUGAAUGUAGCACCAAUUCCAAGACCCGGUGAUGUCGGUGCUCAGGCAGUCGCUCUGAGGAUCGGUGGUGACCAGGCGGCAUUCUGGGGCUGUGGCUUCUUUGGGGCACAAGAUACACUGCACGAUGACCGGGGCCGGCAUUACUUCAAGGAAUGUUUCAUUCAGGGCUCCAUUGACUUCAUCUUCGGAGAUGCUAGGUCACUCUAUGAGAUUGAUUUCCAUAGCAGAUCCUGUGCCUGCAGGGGUGAGAUCCAUCACUGGUUCAGUUACUGCGCAUGCCCGGGAAUCCAACAAAGAAAACACCGGCUAUUCAUUUGUCAACUGCAGCAUCGGCGGCACCGGGUGGAUAUGGCUCGGGCGAGCAUGGAGACCUUACUCCCGUGUUGUAUUCGCAUACACUACGAUGUCAAAUAUCAUCGCCUCCGAUGGAUGGAAUGAUUGGAAUGAUCCUUCAAGAGAUCAGAGUGUGUUUUAUGGAGAGUACAAGUGUACAGGCGAUGGCGCACACCUGGCGGGCAGAGUGCCGUAUGCUCUUGAGCUCAGCGACGUGCAAGCAUUGCCUUACUUGAACACAUCUUUUAUUGACGGUGAUCUAUGGCUGAA